UUGGCUUCUGAUCCCAUGUUCUUCACCUUCCUUGUUCCUUCUUCUCUCCUUAUUUUAGAUUUUCCUCUCAUGUUGUAAUAUUUUUCAUUCUAUUUGCGUGUACAUAUAUUCAGCUAGGCAGACACUGCGCCGCCGUUAAGACUAUAAAAGAUAAAAACUAUUGUACAAGAAAACAAAGCUUGUUUUGUGUUGUUGGUUUCUUCGAGACUCUGUUCUUUUGUCUUAAAUCAUCUGUUUCCAUUGUUCCAAGAGAACAGUAGCUUUGUCUCUCCAUAUUGGGGUCUUAUCUGAAAUGGGUAAUUGCUUAGGUUCAUCAGCUAAAGUGGAUAGCAACCAUAGCUCCCAUGCUAAUUCCGCUGCUUCAUCCACUAAAGUUUCGAGCAAGACAAGCCGUUCAACGGCACCUUCAGGACUAAGCACAGCUUCUUACAGCACAGAUAGUAGUUUAGGACCAUUACCAGCACUUAGGACAGAAGGAGAGAUACUUUCAUCGCCAAACCUAAAAGCUUUUACUUUUAACGAGCUGAAGAACGCAACUAAGAACUUUCGUCCUGAUAGUGUACUUGGGGAAGGAGGUUUUGGUUGUGUAUUCAAAGGAUGGAUUGAUCAAUCAACUCUCACUGCUUCACGACCUGGUUCUGGAAUCGUUGUUGCUGUUAAGAAGCUUAAGCCUGAAGGCUUUCAAGGUCAUAAAGAGUGGUUGACUGAAGUAAACUAUCUUGGUCAACUUAGUCACCCUAAUCUUGUAUUACUAAUUGGGUAUUGCGCUGAAGGAGAAAACAGGCUUCUUGUAUAUGAGUUCAUGCCCAAAGGAAGCUUGGAGAAUCAUCUUUUUAGACGUGGUGCGCAGCCACUUACAUGGGCGAUAAGGAUGAAAGUAGCAGUAGGUGCAGCUAAAGGGCUAACUUUUCUUCAUGAAGCGAAGUCACAAGUGAUAUACAGAGACUUCAAAGCUGCUAACAUUCUACUCGACUCUGACUUCAAUGCUAAACUUUCGGAUUUCGGUUUGGCGAAAGCAGGUCCAACUGGUGAUAAUACACAUGUGUCAACAAAGGUCAUGGGUACUCAUGGCUAUGCAGCUCCUGAAUACGUCGCCACAGGUAGAUUGACUGCAAAGAGUGAUGUGUACAGCUUCGGGGUUGUACUACUGGAACUAAUAUCAGGACGACGUGCCAUGGACAGUUCAAACGGGGGAAGCGAAUAUAGUCUUGUGGAUUGGGCAACACCGUACCUUGGUGAUAAGAGGAAGCUUUUUCGCAUAAUGGACACGAAACUAGGGGGUCAAUAUCCACAAAAGGGAGCUUUCACAGCUGCUAAUCUCGCGUUGCAGUGCUUAAAUCCCGAUGCAAAGCUCAGGCCGAAAAUGUCAGAGGUUUUAGUCACAUUAGAACAGCUAGAAUCUGUUGCUAAACCUGGAACCAAACACACCCAUAUGGAAUCUCCAAGGUCUCAUCAUGCCUCUCCUGUGCAGAAAUCUCCGGUAAGAUAUUCUCAGGAUCGGCCGCUGCACAACGUAACUCCCAGUGCAUCGCCUUUACCUUCUUACAACAAACCUCCUCGGGUAAGAUGAAAGCACUGAUCGAAGGAAUGCUCUUGCUCAUAAGUUUGUAUGUAUAAUAUAUGUAAAAUGGAGUGGUUGAGAUUCAGGUAUAUCUGUGUAAUUAGAGAGGAGUGAAUGAAUAGAUGUAUACAAAGAUGAAACUAUUUACUCAAACCUUUUUGUGUCUUCAAACAUAUCAGAGUAAACUGAAGCAACAUAUAUGAAAAGGAUGUUAUUAACA